UGCGCGGCGGCGCGCUGCGUGCACGCGUUCGAAAUUUGAAAAUGUGUUCGAUGUUCGAUUUUUAAGUUGACGGGUAUUAACGGCCAGUUUGAUUUGCUUUGUUGUAUGUGAAGUGUUUUGAAAUGUCGGAUUUUGUUUUCGGGUCGUGCGCCUCCUUUCAAAUAUAACCACGAGAAAAUAACAUUGGAACUAAUCCAAAACUAUAUUUCGGAUACCGCAAAUACUACGAAAGUUAAUCACAUUGAUGAAAUACAAUUAAAUGGAUGAUAGAGAUGCAUUUACCCCGCGGAGUGGUAGUGAAGAUAUCGAAAACUCAAUGCGCAGUGCAAGUGAACUAGUGAGUGAUCGAACCGGUUGUGAUGAUGGGGAAGCGCAACAUUUGCGCCAUCGUGACCCUGAUUGUGUUAAUGGCGAUAGACAUUAGUGUGGAGAUCAUUGAUUCGCAUGUGAUUCAAGUGUGGUCUGCCCCAGGCGGCAUGACGCGGCUCCCCUGCGACCUGGCAGCGCCGGCGCGAGAUGUAGCCAUGAUGCUGUGGUUCAAAGAUGCUGACAGGAUGCCUAUCUAUACCGUGGACUUCAGAAACGGUCCACCAGUCCACUGGGCCGUGGCAGGGGAGUUCGGCGCCCGCACACACUUCGUCCUCAACGAGUCUGACCCAUCAUCAGCCCACCUGGCAGUUGAGAAGGUGGCGCGCUAUGAUGAAGGCAUCUACCGCUGCAGGAUAGACUAUGUGGAUUCCCCCACCAAGAAUUACAAGAUUAAUUUAACUAUCAUUGUGCCGCCUGAACCGCCUCGGAUAUACGACUCCGAAGGACGGGAGAUCCUUGGAACUCACGCUGGGCCAUUUAGAGAGGGACAGAGUUUGCUACUGUCUUGUCAAGCAGCGGGUGGUAAACCAAACCCUGACGUCUCCUGGUACCGUGGUGACGAUCGCCUGGCCUACACCAGGGAGGGCUCAGUCUGCCAGCUGCACAUCCCCUCGCUGUCCAGGGAGAUGGUCGGCACCAAGUUCCAGUGCCGAGUGGAACCUCCACUCUUGCAACCUCAGUACAGAGAUGUCACUAUUAAGUUAUUUUUAAAGCCACAGUUCGUCCGUGUAACGGGUACUGGCGCCACUCGCGCGGGACAAGAUAGAUCCUUUGUGUGCACUACGAGGGGUUCGAAGCCAGCUCCUAAUAUAGACUGGUUCAUCAAUUCACAACUAGUGGACUCUACUUUGACUCAGGUGGAAGUAGAUGGAGAGAUUACCAAGAGUAUUCUCACGUGGCAUGUGAGGAGAGAAGACAGCGGAAGACAGCUGGUUUGCCGAGUCUCUAAUCCUUGGUUCCCGGCGUACACCCUGGAGGAUUCGCUCAUGUUCGAAGUUAUGUAUACACCAGUAUCUCAAAUCGCCCUGGUGGAGCCCAAGGAGCCUCGUCUUCUGAGGGAAGACGAGAACGCCGAGCUUCUAUGUUCCGCUGACGCAGCGCCACCAGCGUACAACUUCACCUUUUACAAAGGUACAGAGGUUCAUGAAAUCCGCGAUGAUCCCAUAGGAGGGAUAGCUGUUGAGGGAAACAGGUUGAUGCUGAGAGGUCUGAGAAGGCAUCACUCCACAGUAUACCGAUGCAGAGCGAGGAAUUCGGAGGGAAGCGCGUUGAGUGAACCUCUGACUUUGAACGUUCUUACUCGACCGGAAUGCUCAGCCGGCUCUGUUGUCCAACAACUGGCAGGCACGCCGGGUGGAGAGGUUAGAGCUCGGUGUUCCGUCUCUGCACCAUCGACCAGGGAUGCAGGACCUUUACGGUUCUACUGGACUUAUAAUGGAACCAAAGACGUUCUGCCGAUCCCUGCUUCGAACGUGACGGUGAUGGGCUCCAGUAGCAUGGUCAUCCAUGGACUUCAAGAGGAUGCUGAUGACGACCUUGGCUGGCUUGCGUGCUGGGCCAGCAAUGAUAUCGGGAACCAGCGAGAACCUUGUCUGUUCAGGAUAAUGCCUGCUGCACUCCCAGAAGCUCCAAGCAACUGCGAGAUAGAAAACGAGCUGCUGCAAUGCGAGCCGGGUCACGACGGGGGACUGUCGCAGCAGUUCUUGCUGGAAGCCUUGGAGGAGGUACGGCCUCGAUCAGAAAUCAACCACGAGGACAAUGAGAUCUCCACCAUGAACGAUCAGGGCAUUUCCGGGCGUGGUCUCACUGAAGCCGUGUACCGCGUGAGGAACGACAAGCCUCAAUUCUCGCUCGAUGCUUUGUCGCCUGGACGGUAUACAUUGCUGGUUUAUGCUGAGACGCCGAGGGGCAGGUCUCCUAGGCCAGCAGCGUUGAGAAGUGUCUCUAUAAGAACUGCCGAUGAUAUGGAUCGACCUGGUUCUCUUCAGACCUUAACUCCAGCACCACCGCCGCCUCCGACCAACGACAACAGCGUGGCGCUGUUAGUCGGUGCUGCAUUAUCAUUAGUAUUGUUGACCAUCCUUACCACCCUUUGUGUGGCUUUGGUGGUCAUGUGUAAGAAGAAAUCUCGACCGAGAGAAGCUGAACGAAGUACGAUAACGCGAAGAAACGUUGGAGUAUCGAUGUACGGAGGUUCGACUCUCUCACCAAGCAUCGUUCCAACUGUGGUUGUGAGGGGCCACCGAGGGUCCAGGGUGCUGGCUGCCAGAUGGUCAGGAGUGCUUGAUGAUGCACCGUUAGCUGUCCUCGCUUUGGAUACUAGGGCUCAUGCUGACACAGACUCGAAUCGCAGCGAAGAACAAGAGACGCAGUUGACGAGGCACUUAGACCAGAUAGAAGCACAGACAGAUUGAAAGGUGUAGGUAAUGAAGUUGUGAUUUAAAUAAUUACCAAAGUAAUUCAUAAAUCGUUGACGUUGGAAGUCAAAGAUCACAGAUAUUUAUACGUAAAUAUGUGAUGUGUAUAGCUUGUUUGUCGACUAGACUUUGUCAUGUUGAAUGUAAGUAGUCUCUUGAUUUUUUGGCAGUAGACUUAUGUUGUAGUCACAGUGUCAAUUUUGUUGAUGAUUGGUAGCAGUAUUAUUAAGUUGAUCGAAGUAGACAUGUUAUGAUAAUUGCUGAUGGUAGGAUAUAUUUUAUAUCCGCCCGUAUAGCGACCACCGUACACAAGGUGUUACAA